GCCUGCCAGAAGCUCGUGUAGAUGCCGAACUGGACGGUACAGGAAUGCACAAAGUGGAGAGCUUGCAAACCGGCAGCAUCGGCUUGCUUGAACAGCCCAACCAUGGCAUCUAUCCGAUGGAGCAGCUGCAAUCUGUGCAGGCGUAGAGAUCUGCUCGCUUGCUCCUCGAGCUCUCGCACGUUGCUCCAGCGAGCGUGCUCAUCCUCGAGCUGGCAUGCCUCCAUCUCAGUGCUGCCGAGCGAGCGAGUGCCCGGCCUAGCAACCGAAACCUGAAAGUACCUCGCUCGUCUUCAACGCGAGCCUGGCGUCCAGGACAAUCGAGGGGACAUGAUGAGUGAAGAUGUGACGAUGGCUGAAGAUACAGCUGGGCUCCCCCAAGCUCCGUCUGCCUCGCAAAAGGGCAAAGAGAGAGCCAACGGCGAUGCGCAAGCCCAAAGCACACCUACGCCGGCGGGGGCAAAGAAAGCUCGUCCAAUGACAAGAGAGCAGUCAAGUAGAGCCGUCGAUGCAUCGCAAGGCGCAACGACGUCGUCGACAUACUAUGAUGAUUCGGCGCAUACGGCCAGCCUUGCUCGUCGGGCGGCAUCCUCCUCUAGAGCGUUGAGCAAGCCGACUACACUCAAGCAGGACUAUGUCAAGGGCUCCGGCAAGACGAUGAAGUUCAAGCCCAAUCUGAGCGCCGCUGCACAUCUACCGUCGAUAAAACAAGAGCCGGAUUCAAAUCCUCCGGCGCCCAGUGAGCUGCUUGCGAACCCCGAUGGAGUUCCUCUCCGACGACGAGACCGUGGUCCCAUCAGUCGGACCGCGACAGGUCCGCUCUCUCAAGGUCCUGCUCUUGCGCCCAAGACAAAGAAGCGAGUCGCAGAGGACAUGCGCGCAUCCUCAUUCCGGCCUUCGAUUGCUGAUCUUGACCUGGUUGGAGACGCUGGGUCCAAGGCAAACGCCAAAAAAGCAGAAGCGGAAUUCGUCAAGACUGAAUACGAUUCUGAUCCCGACACGGCAGGAGUGGACGGGGAUCCUGACGGGGAUGACAUGGCAGACUUUAUCGAGAACGAUCUAGAUCAGGAAGAUGAGGAGCGAUAUAAGCUGGUACGACACACCCGCAUGAUCGCGCUCAAGGACAUAGGCAAAGAGGGUUCUAUGGCUCCGCUUACUUUGCCGGAGGACGACAGCGUCGCUCGAGAGGCGUACGCACGUCACGAGGAUGAGAUCGAGAUGGAGAUGCGUCAGGAAGAGCAACAGAGCGAAGAGCAGCGACAGUACUUACAAGCGCAACAAGCGCAAAUGUCCCGCCAUCUCCCUCAGUCACAUCACAGUCAAGUCAAACCCGAGGAAGAUCACGAUCGCGAUUCUCAAAUAUUGUCCUCUGGCAUUGCUACGCCCACUAACGCUGCGAGGGCUUCGCGCAACUUUACUGGAGAAGAGCCGCUUGACUCGAACGUCGAUCAGAUUGGCGAGCUUGACACGACCGUCUCGAUCAAGCAGGAAGCCAUCAAAGCUAAAUUCGACAGUCUUGAUUUUGGCGAGCCUGGCACAGAUCACGACUUCUUCGUUAUGCAAUUCCCUCGCUUCUUUCCUGCCUUUCGACCGCCAGAUUCAGAGCCAACCAUUGACAGAUUAGAUCACGACCAAGCAGAGACAAAACAAACGAUCGAGACUAAGCAAAAUAUACGCGCUCCUCCUUACAAGGCCGGACAUUGGCAAGGCUGGGGUAAGAGCGGAGGCAUGCUCGGACGCCAGAUUCUCGAAAAUCUGCCAGAAGGCAAGAUUGGAACGUUCAACUUCCAUGCCAGUGGUCGCAUAAGCAUGAACAUUGGGGAGAUACGCUACGAUGUGACCUCGGGUGCCGAUGCUGGCUUCCUGCAAGAGAUCGCUGCCGUUGAUGCUGAGCCCGACGUAGGUGAUCAUCGCAUCAGGGGCACCUUGCGCGGCGACGGACAGCCCGGACUCUAUGUGCUGGCUCAGACCUCGACCAAACUCAUCGCUCGGCCUAACAUCGACGAUAUAUUUAGGGCCUCGAAACAGGCUCGUGCUGACGAUAUCGCGCGAAAGCACCUCCUGAGUCUCAAGGACGAAUUCAAGAACGAGCCUGUGAUGACGCCGCAGCCUGUGCCUGCGAAGCUCUCAAAGCCAAGCAUGAAGAGAUGACUGCGUAGCGCAAACAUUUGAGCAUCGAUGUUG